UAAGGCGAACACACAGCCUUGAGAAGAAAACCGGAGACCAAAAAAAAAACAGAAUUCAAUAACCGAAAACCGAAUUCCGGCUAACUGAAAAACGUUUUUCAAAAUCACCGAAAAAAAAAAACAUAACAAAUGUGGAAAACUUUUCAACAAAUUGAGAAAGCUUAAAAAAACAUACAAAAUAAAUACAUUUUUUUCUACAUUUUUGUUUCUGUGCUUUGUGACCAUAAAAACUCAUGAAAAAAUAAAUAGAAAAUUUCCUGAAUGCCGGGAAUUUAUCAGCCCUGAAUUCGCAAAGGAAAACUAACAGCCACAAUUUAAAGAAGGAUGAAUGCAACAUUUUGAGUGCUGAGCAAAGCACCAUUAAUUAGCUGGGGAAUCCCCUCGAGAAACCACUCGCCAUGGACAACAGCACGGACGUACUGUACCAGUACCGCCUCGCCCCCUCCGCCAGUCCCGAAAUGGAGAUGGCGCUGGGGGAUCCCCGCCAGCUGCCGGGCAACCAGUCGCACCUGGGACUGGGAGUCCCGAUCCCCGACUACGGAAACGAGAGCCUGGACUAUGCCAACUACCAGCAAAUGGUCGGCGGCUCCUGCCGCUCAGUGGACAACAACAUCAGCUACUGGAACCUCACCUGCGACUCCCCCCUCGACUACGCCACACCCCUCUACGGAUACUGCAUGCCCUUCCUGCUAAUCAUCACCAUCAUCUCCAACUCCCUCAUCGUCCUCGUUCUGAGCAAGAAGAGCAUGGCCACGCCCACCAACUUUGUGCUGAUGGGAAUGGCUAUUUGCGAUAUGCUGACUGUUAUAUUUCCGGCACCGGGCCUCUGGUAUAUGUACACAUUCGGCAAUCAUUAUAAGCCCCUGCAUCCGGUCUCCAUGUGUCUGGCCUUCAGCAUUUUCAAUGAGAUUAUGCCAGCCAUGUGCCACACCAUCUCCGUUUGGCUAACUCUCGCCCUCGCCGUGCAAAGGUACAUCUACGUGUGCCACGCCCCCAUGGCCAGGACCUGGUGCACGAUGCCGCGGGUGAGGCGGUGCACGGCGUACAUCGCGCUGCUGGCCUUCCUGCACCAGCUGCCCCGCUUCUUCGACAGGACGUACAUUCCGCUGGAGAUCGAGUGGAACGGGGCGGCGACGGAGGUGUGCCACCUGGAGACGGCGCUGUGGGUGCACGAGUACAUCGGGGUGGAUCUGUACUACACCAGCUACUACCUGUUCCGCGUGCUGUUCGUCCACCUGCUGCCCUGCAUCAUCCUGGUGACCCUGAACAUCCUGCUCUUCGCGGCGAUGCGGCAGGCGCAGGAGCGGCGCAAGCUGCUCUUCCGCGAGAACCGGAAGAAGGAGUGCAAGAAGCUGCGGGAGUCCAACUGCACCACCCUGAUGCUGAUCGUGGUGGUGUCCGUGUUCCUCCUCGCCGAGAUCCCCAUUGCCGUCGUCACCGCAAUGCACAUCGUGAGCUCCCUGAUCAUCGAGUUCCUCGACUACGGCCUGGCCAACAUCUGCAUCAUGCUGACCAACUUCUUCCUGGUGGUCAGCUACCCGAUCAACUUCGGCAUCUACUGCGGCAUGUCGCGCCAGUUCCGGGAGACCUUCAAGGAGAUAUUCCUCGGCCGGCUGAUGGCCAAGAAGGACACCUCCACCAAGUACUCCAUCGUCAACGGAGCCCGCACCUGCACCAACACCAACGAGACGGUCCUCUAGUAAUUGGUGAUGUUGGUGCCGCGGCGGGGCAGCAGCGACCACCGUCGCACCACCACCACCACCACCACCAGGU